ACCAGUAGGUGGCGGUAAUGUGCCCCAAGUUGUUUACCAUCCGCCAUAGAAGCGGAAGUAAAGCAACGUAUACAACGCUGGUGGUGAACACACGUGGGUAGGCAAGUUUUUCAAAGUAAUGUGGUGUAGUCAACUUAAUUAGAAACAUGUCGAAGAGACAGGCAGCUAUAUCAGAAGAAAAUACGGUUUCUGAAGUGGAUCUCGGGGAGGAGGAGGUCCAGGAUGCACCGCCGGAGACCAGACGGACCCGCAGCGGCCGCAAAGUGCGCACUCCUGCCGCGCUGCUGGACUCACAAGCCCCGUUGAGGACUCCUAGCCGGAGGACCAGGAGGUCCGUCCUCCAGGAGCUGCCGGCCGCGGAAGAGAAAAACACAGAGGAAUCGGUGCAUAAUCUUGAGACUCUGACAGAGGAGAAGCUCGGUAUGUCUGCCGCACCGGAGCCGGAUACCUUGUCGCAGCCAGCGGAGCCGCACACGGACGCUGCAGCAGAUACCGACCGAGCCGAGGUUAACGGGAGCGUAGACAGUUGUCUGUCCAAGCCUGCACCAGCAGAAACGGCACCCAAAAGUUCCGAGACCGUCCCAAAGAAGAAGCCUCGUUUGGGUUCAAGUGGAAAACAAACUCCGGUCAUUCCACUUGGAAAACCCGCAUCUGGGAGGGUGUGGAAGGACCGCAACAAGCAGAGGUUCUCCGCACUGUUAAGAGAUAAACCGCUAUGCUCUUCUUGGGAAAAGAAGAUGGAGGUCAAGCGGGAGAAGGACCAGAUGAAAAAGUAUACUUUGCAACUUAAAGAGGAUAAAACCAAACAAAAAGAGGAAAAGAGGAAACGCAGAGAAGACAACUUGAAACGUCGUGCGGAGAACGAACGCAAAUCAGAGAUUGUGCAAGUGAUCAGGAACACGGCAAAGAUCAAGAGGAUGAAGAAGAAACAGCUCAGGAAAAUUGAGAAGAGGGACACUCUGGCUCUGCUGCAGAAGUCAACGAAGCAGAGUGUAAAAGCCAAAAGGCAAAAAAGUCAGAAGGUUGACCAAGUUUUGACCUGAAGACUGAGAUCAUAAAAAUAUAUCUGUUCAAUGCUUUGCCUACAUGUCUUACAUGUUGAUGUCUGAAAUACAGCAGACACAUUUGUAUGGGAGGACGUAUGUACACAUGAACCCAAUAAAAGCUUUAAAAUAAAUGUUGCACAAUACGUGUUUUCUGCCUGUCACUAAGGUGAUCAUCAACAUGUUUUGUUUUAUUGAUUUGCAUAUUUCUCGGUUAAAUUCUCUCUAUUCUGUAAAACGUAUACAUAAAGUAUGUCAUAUCAAAUAAAAAUGAAAUUCUUACUGUU